AUGCUAGUUAAAUCGCCGGUCUUUGCUGGGAUAGAAUCCGAAUAUGUAACUUUGGAUGAGCGUUAUGAACUCCCGAAGCAUUCCAGGAUAAACCGGACAAAAGAAGCUACUGGUAUCACUACUUCUAAUGGAAGCAUAUUACGUCACUACCGUAAUGGUUGUACAGAAUCACCGAAUGAAACACGCACAUUGAAACUUAACAGUAACAGACCAGUUAAAGAACGCCCUGGCCAUCCUUCUCAUGAAUUGUUAGUAUCAUCCAACGGCAAAUACACAGUCGGCAAUGAUUUCCUUUUGCAUUCUUCAAAAAGCAAUCUGCUUUGGAUGAAUAGUACUGAAACACUCAGUUCCACCAAGUAUGGUUCCAGGACAGCCAAUGUUGGGACAGAAAGAGCUGGUUUAGUACCGUCUUCGCAGAUUUCAAAAACCAUCACCAGGAUUGGUAAAUACAUAGAAUGUGCGAAUGGAGAACUUACAUCAAAGACCGGUUUAACGAACAACAUUACUGUUUGUAAAAGUGAGAACCGAAGUAAACUCAAGCGAUGCAAAUCAUUACCCGAUCUGCAAGACACUAGAAACGGGAUUUUUGAUUCCCACAGCAACUUUAGCGACGAUGAGGACGGCGAUGACUUUGGGUUUUUGAGUUAUCCUAUCUCAUUCUCCUCUUCGUGUCCUUCUGCAGCUAUGAACAAGGCCAAGUCGCCAUCCCCUGCAGCGAGGAUCUUCCCCAAGCGAUGGAGGAGCAAGACCAAGGCCGUGCCUGCUGUGUCCAACUCUGUGGCUAUGUGGAGCCCGGGACCUCCUGGUUCGUGUGCAUGGUCAAGCGUGAGUGGACGGAAGGUGCAGCUGCGGCCGGUAAGCAUUCUCAACCUGAGUGAGCCUGAGAGGAUGAUUCUCCAGAAAAUUGCCCUCAACAAACUGCAGUCGAUGGACAUCGGCUGCCCCGUGUCCAUUCCUUGCGAAAAUUCUGAUCAACGAAGGAGAAAGAAGUCACUGUCUUUGAAGAGGAGGUCAAAAUCAGUGACGUCACCUUUAGAUCUCAUGAUGAAAGGGACAUCUUCAGGCCUAGUCUUUGGUAUACCUCUUGCAAAGUGUCUAUCGAAUGACCGAGAGCUGGACAAGAAGAGGAGUGGGUGCUCUGCAGCAUGUGUCGGGUCACCCUCAUCACCGCGAAAAUCCAGUAGUUCUUCUCAAGGUUCCGUAGAGAUUGGCAGUGGCAAGCAUGAGCUGUUUCCAUGUCAUAAGAGAGCAGCCAGUAUUGACAGUCUUCCAGAAUCCGAAUGUAGUCGUAACACUAGCUCAAGUUUGAUUGAUGCCUUGUCACUACCAGCCUCUAACCCCGCCUCUAGACUGAACAGUCUAGCAUUGGAUGGCAGUCAGCGGGCAAGCCAAGGGGAAGCCCAGGUGCCGAAUAUUGUCAAGGCUUGUUUUAAACAUAUUGAAACUUAUGGCUUGCAAACUCUAGGAAUAUUCAGAGUGGGGUCUUCCAAAAAGAGGGUUAAACAGCUGCGUGAGGAAUUUGACAGUGGCAGGGAAGUCCAGCUCACAGAGGAGCACAACCCACAUGACGUUGGAGCCUUGCUGAAGGAGUACUUUCGAGAUCUGCCUGACCCACUUCUCACUAGAGAGCUUUAUCUGCCAUUCAUAUAUGCUGAAAGAAUGAAAGAUGACAACAAGAGACACUUAGCUCUCCGUCUUCUGAUCUCAAUGCUGCCAGUUACCAACAGGGACACACUUUGGGCAUUGCUGCAGUUUCUAGCCACAGUCAGUCAACAUGCUCCUGAUAGCACUGAUGAAAAAGGAGAAACAGUUGCUGGCAAUAAGAUGGAUGCACACAACCUGGCAACACUUUUUGGUCCUAACAUUAUUCAUCGAACAAAGGCCGAUAAAAGUGCUGAUAAAGAAAUGCUGUCAGAAUCAGCAGAACGGGUGGAGCAGAGUAAAGAGAUCAUCGGGGUGGUCAAGGAUAUGAUAGACAACCAUCACGAGCUUUUUGAG